AAAAAAUAGAGUGUAGUCACCGGAGGAAGGCGGGGAUACGCAAUCUGACGUCGCAACUUCGGCGACCAAUCGUAGUGCUUGUGGACUAGACGCCGCCAAGCUCGUUUUUUUGUUUGAGGUGACGGGAAGAGGAGGAAUACAAGGGCUUAGAAAGAAAUUUGAAAGCUAAAGGAAGAGGAUAAAAGAAAACAGACAGUGCACACAAUAUUUGAGGAGGAGUUGCUGCUAUAUAUGUUCCUGCUGUUGUGUCUGUCGGGUGCAGUCAGUGGUUCGAGUCACUUAGGACUUAGAGGCGCGAGACCCGUCACGAGCCGGGCAGCAGCGCGUGCACCCCUUCAUUGCACACACAUUUACAGUAUUAAACCGCAUUGUAGAAGUAGAUCUCAUCAUAUAGUUGUUGGCACUGAGGAUGUAUCUUCUCGGCCCGGCCCUGUCAGCAACUCCUCCUCCUCUUUUCGCCCAGUGACACCCCAGAUCUCUCUCUGCCUUUGCUCCCCUAUACUUUGCAUCGGUUAAGACGUAUAAAGUGGUGCCCCUCCUGUGCUUCCUCUGUGACCACCAACAGCCCCAGUCUGACUAUAGUUACACCUGUGUGUAUUCUAGUACUGCUUUCCUGUCGCCUCUCAUAUGAUCCAGAGAGAUCCACCGGUUACCGCGGAGACAGUGUUGCUGCACAGAACGAUAGUACAAUCUACAGCCGCCCAGAGAAAUCUUCAAUACAAUUGACUUUCUGUAGACUGAAAAUUUAACUUCACGUUCAAGCAUCUGAUAACAUGGCAAAAGAUGCAAGUUUAAUUGAAGCAAAUGGAGAGCUUAAAGUCUUUGUAGAUCAAAAUCUCAGUCCUGGAAAAGGUGUAAUAUCUUUACUGGCUGUCCAUCCAUCCUCUGUUAAUACUGCUGGAAAACAACUCCUGCCAAAAACAUUUGGACAGUCUAAUGUUAACAUUGCUCAACAAGUGAUUAUUGGAACACCCCAGAGACAGUCUGCAUCCAACACCAAUCUGCUCGGAAGUCCCCAUACCCCUAAUACGCACUUUGUAUCACAGAAUCAGACUACAGACUCCUCACCAUGGUCAGCAGGCAAGCGAAGUAAAAAAGGUGAAAAAAAUGGCAAGGGCUUACGUCACUUUUCUAUGAAGGUGUGUGAGAAGGUACAGAAGAAAGGAACCACAUCCUAUAAUGAAGUGGCAGAUGAACUCGUAGCAGAAUUCAGCUCAUCGGAUAAUCACAUAUCACCAAAUGAAUCUGCGUACGACCAGAAGAAUAUUAGACGUCGUGUGUAUGAUGCCUUAAAUGUACUUAUGGCAAUGAACAUUAUUUCAAAAGAAAAGAAAGAAAUAAAGUGGAUUGGCCUACCUACAAACUCUGCUCAGGAAUGCCAAAAUUUAGAGAUAGAGAGGCAAAGAAGACUUGAAAGAAUAAAGCAAAAACAAUCACAGCUGCAGGAACUUAUACUUCAGCAAAUUGCCUUCAAGAACUUAGUUCUGAGAAAUCGUCGAACAGAGCAAGAGUCAAAGUUGCAGCCCCCAUCUAAUUCUGUCAUACAUUUGCCGUUUAUCAUAGUAAACACCAGCAAGAAGACAGUGAUUGACUGUAGCAUUUCUAAUGACAAGUUUGAAUAUCUUUUUAAUUUUGAUAACACGUUUGAAAUUCAUGAUGACAUAGAAGUCUUGAAAAGAAUGGGUAUGGCAUGCGGGUUGGAAUCUGGAACUUGUUCAGCAGAAGAUUUAAAAACAGCACGAAGUUUGGUGCCAAAGGCUUUAGAGCCAUAUGUGACGGAAAUGGCUCAGGGAUCAAUUAGCAGUGUGUAUGUCACAUCUUCGUCGGUUCCUGUCUCAAAUGGUAGAAGGUAUUCAGCCAGUGACCUGACUGGAUGUACAGAUGGGAUGCUAACAAAUAGUUCCAAUGGAUCUCAGUACAGUGGCUCCCGGGUGGAAACUCCUGUAUCUUAUGUUGGAGAGGAAGAUGAUGAUGAUGAAGACGACUUUAAUGAGAAUGAUGAUGAUGACUGAACGGAGUGUAGACUUUUUUUUUCUGUGUUUGGUCAAAAGCUUUGGAGAUAUAUAUAUAUAUAUAUUUUUUGUUUGUUUUUAAGGAGAGAGUCUUCACUUAAGUGUCAUCAUUUCUUCGGAGAUAUUAAGAUUUUUAUUUCUCACAACAAAGCAACAUCUUUUUUUGUGGUAUGGAUGUUUUGAUACACACAUUUUGUUUAUUGCGGACUUAUUUUUUUUCCCCCUGAAUUUCUUUAAUUGCCCAUUGGCAUUUUGAUAAAUUCCUUUAAAAAAAUGUAGUUCAUCCGCAUUAAUGAAAUAAAUGACUUGCUUCUCUAUAAGAAAAACAAACCAAAAACUGUUAAUUGAAUGGCCAUUUAUUUGGAAUAUUUCAAGAAUAAUAGUAAUUUAGAGAACAUAUGGUUCUUUGAAAUCAUGCAGUGUCCAAAGAAAGAAAAUUGUUUUUCCCAGGUCAUUGGUAUUUUAGAAAAUCAUUUUAUUAAUUUUAUUGUAAACUUUUUGUUGUAUAUGUUGGUAAAUCGUACAUUUUAUGGCUGAGAUUUUACUGCAAUGCUAAUGCAACUCUAUUAAAUGCCAUGAAGGUUCUAUAAAUUUGUUAUAGUAUAAUCUUGCCUGAAUUUUUACAGGUGAACUUUAAAGCUGUUUUCUUCUGUAGUUGUUUACAAACUUUAAAAGGCACAGUCCCUUAAUAUAAAUUAAAAGGGCUCAACAUUUCAAGUCCUAAACUACUAGCCAGGACAAAAUGUUACUCCACUUCUAAUCCCACCCACGCCCACUACUUUACCUCCUCUUUGCAUAUGUUAAGCCAUUGUGAAACAUUUUGUAAUAUUGUUUUUAUUUUAUACCAUAACAAAUUAUAUAAUGCUACAUACAAUAAUAAAUUAAGAAAAAAAAGUUCAAAGCAGCUAGAAGUUCAGGUGAAGAUAAAAGGAAGUUGUUGAACUGAGAGAUUGCAGAGGGUGCCGCCAGUUAUGUAAGGUCAUAUUAGACCUGGAGAUUUUUAAAAAAAUAAUUAUCUCUCCCUUCUUGCUCUUAACUAUCUUUCUCGACUCCAUCCUCUUACCCUGUCCCUACUUUCUCAGGCUGUAUCUUCUAUUUACACUCUUUCUCCUCCCCCCCCCCCCCCCCCUCCUAUCUCUUCACUCUUUUUUUUUGAUAAUUCUCUUACACUUUUACUUUCUAAUCUCUCUGCCUGCUUACCCUCUCAGAAGUACCAGUCUAAGCAGUAAUGGGGUCCCUACAGCCCUAGAGGAAUAACAUAUACUUGUACUUUCAUCGAUAUAUAAUAUUCAUUUAGUUAAUAGUUUUAGCACACAGCCCAAAAUGUGCAUUUUCCAGUGCUGCAGUGGGAAUGUGCAUUCUGCAAAUACAAUGUGCCAACUUAGCUUGCUUACUUACAACAUGCCACCAGACUUCAGACUCAACAUUCACUAGCUAACUUUUACUUGCCGCUGUUAAAUUUCCACUCGCCAAUGACUAAUGGAAAUUUUGCGCAUAUAUAUAUAUAUAUAUAUAUAUAUAUAUAUGAGAAAUUCAUUUUAAACUCACACCUGUUUCUUAUUAUUAAAUAAAAAAUAUCUUUACAAGAUGUUAAAGGGGUAAUGUUUAAAGAUCUUUUUGCAUUUUAGAACCACACUUUAAAGAAAUGGUAAAGUCAAAAUUAAACUUUCAUGAUUCAGAUAAAGCAUGUAAUGUUAAACAAAUCUUCAGUUUACUUCUAUUCAAUUUUCUAUUGUUGUUACCUAGGUCCCAGAAGCAGCAAUGCACUGCUGGGAGCUUUCCGCUGAUUGAUAGCGGCACAUAUAUGCCUAUUGUCAUUGGCUCGCUUAAUGUGUUCACAUAGUUCACAAUGCAUUGCUGGUCUUUCUACAAAGAGAAAAUAAAUUAAGUAAAUUUGAUAUGUUUGUUUAAAAUGUUAUGCUCUGUGGGAAUCAUCAAAGAAAAUGUCAUUUUAUGUCUCUUUGACUUGACAGUAAAAAGCUUGAAAGGGCCAUAAUAUUUUAAAGGGCCAUAAUAGUAAAAUAAAAAAAACAAAAAUCACAUGCUCUGCGUGCCCUGAGCGUGCGUUCUACUGUGUGCUUUUAGCCCCUUUGCAGGGGUUAAACUCAUACUAGUGCAGAGUCGCUAGUCUUAAAAUUGUUUGUUGUUCUUAAUGCAGAGUAUUAAAUAUAUUGGAAAGUA